AUGGAAUUGCCCCCGGGGUAUCCCAAUGAAAAUGGAAGAAAAGUAUGCAAGUUAAACAAAAGUUUGUAUGGCCUCAAACAGGCCUCACGUCAAUCGUACUCAAAACUUUCAAAUUUCAUCACACACCAAGGAUAUGUUCAAUCCAAAGCAGAUUACAACUUGUACACAAAGGCAGCUGAGGGCUCUUUCACAGCCAUUCUUGUAUACGUAGAUGAUAUAAUCAUUGCUGGAAACAACAUGGAUGAAAUUGAUCAAUUGAAGAGGUCUCUUGAUGAUCGAUUCAAAAUUAAAGACCUUGGCAAGCUGAAGUAUUUUCUGGGUAUUGAAGUGGCAAGAAUAGCAAGGGGGAUUCACUUAUGUCAACGCAAAUACGCUUUGGACAUUCUAAGGGACUCGGGCACCAUUGGCUCCACUCUAGCAAGGAUUCCCUUGGAUCAAAAUGUGAGACUGUCCAAAGAAGAAGGGGAAUUACUUCCUGAGCCCGCUCUUUAUAGAAGAUUGAUCGGUAGAUUAUUGUAUCUGACAAUAACCAGGCCUGAAUUAGCUUACUUAGUCCAAAUUCUAAUCCAAUUCAUGAAGGAUCCAAGGAUGCCACACCUGCAGGCAGCCCACAAGGUACUGUGGUUCAUUAAAGGAUCACCAGGACGGGGUUUGUUCUAUCCAGUGAACUUAGAAAUCCAUCUUAGAGGUUUUAGUGAUUCAGAUUGGGGGGCUUGUCCAGACACUAGAAGAUUUGUGAUAGGCUAUUGUGUGUUCCUUGGGAGAUCCUUAGUGUCUUGGAAAUCAAAGAAACAAAGUGUGGUCUCUAGGUCUUCUGCAGAGGCAGAGUAUCGCGCGAUGGCAAAUGUGAGUUGUGAAUUAACUUGGCUGAGGUAUCUACUCAGCGAUCUGCAAAUUGUUUAUUCAUGGUCAGCUUCCCUGUUCUGUGAUAACAAAUCAGCUAAACACAUUGCCACAAAUCCCAUAUUUCAUGAGAGGACAAAGCAUAUAGAAAUAGAUUGUCAUUUGAUUAGAGACAAGAUUCAAGAAGGCUGUAUCUCAGCAAAACAUGUGGAAAGCAAGUUGCAAGCGGAAGACAUUCUCACAAAGAGUUUAGGUUCCCAGGCCUUUUAUUCAUGCUUAUCUAAGAUGGGAGUAGAAGACACCUACUCACCUUGUGGGGGGCUGUUGAAGAAUGAAGGAACCUGA